CUUCACCACUGUGUAGCUAGAUAACAUACUAUUUUAUCAAGUAAAAGGUAACUGACAAAAAGCAAAAAUAAUUUAAUUCAUAUCAAACGUUUGUGUUUGUAAUAACUGGACAUAUAUUUGGUGUGGAAAAUGAAGUAUCUAUAUCUUCUGCUAUCUCUAUAUCUGGUAGAUGCAUUGCCCCUUCCUGGCUGUGAUAACGUUACCAUAGUGACACGACAAGAAUGGGCCGCGAGACCGUCUAAAGAGAUUAAUUACAUGGGUACGCCAGUAACAGUGGUAUUCAUUCACCAUACAGCAAUGAGCGAAUGUUUUACACAAGAUGCUUGUGCUAAUGAAAUGAGGAUCAUACAGAACUUCCACAAGGACACAAGGGGUUGGGACGAUAUUGGAUACAAUUUUCUUAUUGGCGAGGAUGGUAAGGCAUACGAAGGCAGAGCCUGGGACAGAAUUGGAGCACAUACAUAUGGAUGGAAUGAUGUGGCAAUUGCCUUCUCAAUCAUGGGCGAUUACUCUAACAAGCUUCCAAACGACGAUGCCUUGCAUGCAGUCAAAGCUAUGAUAGAAUGUGGCGUAAAGCUUGGCAAAAUUACACCAGAUUACAAAAUGUACGGUCAUCGAGAUGUUCGUCCAACGGAAUGUCCAGGAAACAGCUUGUAUGAACUGAUCCAAACUUGGGACCACUUUGAUCACAACACACCAGUUAAACCUACUCCGAAGCCAUAUCGGCAAACAAAAGAGUUUUAAAAAUACCCCGAAGAGAGUGCUUGUCUGAAAACGAAAUCAGCUCUCCUCCUCACAUCAGGGCUCGUAUUUAUCUACUUUUAAAAUCUGAAAUUUGUCAUAGGCUGUAAUAGGCUAAAUUGUUUCUUUGCUUUAUAAUUUUGAGAAUAACAUAGAAUCUAAUAAUUUUGGGGGUGUGCCUCUUCGUUCAUCAAAUUCGAGCUGUGUAUAUACGAAGUUAUAGCAUCUAAAAUCCUCAUGUUCAGACUUUAAGGAGUAAAUAAUAUGGGCCCAACAUUAAAAAUCCCACUGGAACAAAUGACAUUUUUAUUUCUGUAAAAAGAACCAUUCCUCCCAAAAAUAUGUGCUAAAACUGGAACAUUUCAUCUCAUGACAUUUUUCCUUCUUUUCCAAAAUGUAAAUAGACGUAGUAAAAACCUACAAUAAUUCAUUAAAAUACAUUUCAUAUUUAGCGUUAAUAAGGCAAAUAAAUGUUGGCACCCUUAAAACAGCUCUUUGUCGUAAUUUAUCCGCUUUAUAAUGUACUUAUAGUCUCCCUCGACUACUGUACAAAAAUCUCCCGUAGAUGAAUGUUAGUUAUUUGGGGGUUUGAAGAGAUUUUAUGGUAAACUUCCAAAAAUU